AUGUCUCAUUGCCGAUCGCUGUACAAGUUAAUUAUAAGAAAUAUGUCAUCUACAGCUGAGAGUGUUAAUACCAAGGUUGUUCAGCCAAAAUGGAAUGCACCUGAACCAAAACAAUCCAAACCUGUUUUAAAAUUAUACAAUACUUUAACCAGGACGAAAGUACCUUUUGUUCCUCUUUCUGGUACUAAGACUGUUAGUUGGUAUUCAUGUGGUCCUACUGUCUACGAUGCUUCCCAUAUGGGUCACGCUAGAAACUAUGUCUCUAUUGAUAUUAACAGAAGAAUCAUGAGUGAAUAUUUUGGUUAUGAUAUUAAGUUUGUGCAAAACGUUACAGAUAUUGAUGACAAAAUUAUUAUUAGAGCUAGACAAAAUUUUUUGUUCGAUAAUUUUACUAAGGAUGUAGCAAACAUUGAUGAAUCUAUUGUGUCAAAAGUUACUGAUGCUACCAUGGCAUAUAUCGUCAAAAACUUGAAUGAUCAAUUGCCUAGUAUUGAUGAAUUUGAUAAAUGGGCCGCUAGUUUAAAUGUUGAAGAUGAAAAGAUGAAAAAUCCUAAAUUCCCAAUGCACACAACUGCUGUUUCCAAUGCGAUUUCUGCCUUGAAAGAGAACCGUAGUGACGUUACCAAAUUCUUCAACUUAAGUAAAGAUGUCCUUGUUCCGGUUCUUGACAAAGAAUUAGGUGCCACAGUCAACGAUCCAGAAGUGUUCCGUAAAUUACCUGCCAGCUGGGAAAAUGAUUACAAUAACGAUAUGGCUCAAUUGAAUGUCCUACCACCAAGUGUCACUACCCGUGUCUCCGAGUACGUUCCAGAAAUUGUCGAGUUUGUUCAAAGGAUUAUUGAUAAUGGGUACGGGUACGCUACCGACGAUGGUAGUGUUUACUUCGACACUGUAUCCUUUGAUUCUAGUGAUAAACAUAGUUACGCUAAAUGUCAACCAUGGAAUAAGGGUCAAUUAGAUCUAAUUGAAGAUGGUGAAGGUUCAUUAUCUACAAACACAAAGGAGAAAAAAUCUAAGAAUGAUUUUGCACUAUGGAAGGCUUCGAAACCAGGUGAGCCUGAAUGGGAAUCUCCUUGGGGUAAAGGUAGACCAGGGUGGCAUAUUGAAUGUUCUGUAAUGGCUAGUGAUGUCCUUGGUAGUCAAAUUGAUAUUCAUUCAGGUGGUAUUGAUUUAGCAUUCCCUCAUCAUGAUAAUGAAUUGGCUCAAUCUGAAGCAUGCUUCGAUAACGAACAAUGGAUCAAUUAUUUCUUACAUACUGGUCAUCUACAUAUUGAAGGUCAAAAGAUGUCUAAAUCUUUGAAGAAUUUUAUUACCAUCAAAGAAGCAUUAAAUAAUUAUUCUGCUAGACAACUAAGACUAGUUUUUGCCUCUGCACAAUGGAAUAACCAACUUGAUUUCAAGGAGAGUCUUGUAAAUGAAGUGAAAUCUCUAGAAACUUCAUUUAAUAAUUUCUUCCAAAAUGUUAGAGCUUUGCAAUCUGAUAAUUCUCACAAGCAAGAAGGUAUGUCUCACAACAUCUCCAAGAAACUGACCUCUUUAGAAACAAAAUUAUUACAAGAUUUACAAUCUACUCAAGAAAAGGUUGACAUUGCAUUCUGUGAUAAUCUUGCCACUGCGCAAGCCAUUAAAGCUUUGAGUGACUUGGUAACAAUCACUAACUCAUACAUUUCUUCUGUCGGUAACGAUUUGAAAAUUGAACCUGUCUUAGAUAUUUGUAAAUACAUUACCAAAAUCUUAAGUAUUAUUGGUUUCCAAGCUCGUCCUGAUAAUUUGGGUUGGGUCAAUGCUUCAGGUUCUGAUAAAUCUGCUGGAUCACUUGAAGAAGUAGCUAUGCCUUAUGUUAAGGUACUAUCUACGUUUAGAGAUAAUGUUCGUUCAAUGGCUAUUGAAAAAGCUGCCUUAUCCGAAUUUUUAAAGUUAACUGAUUCUGUAAGAGAUAAUGAUCUACUGAAAUUAAAUAUUUCUUUAGAUGAUAGAAAUGGCCAAUCUGCACUUGUGAAAUUCUUAACUGAAGAAGAAAAACAAGAAAUUGUUAAAUUCAAUGAGGAGAAAGAAGCUAGAGAAGAAGCCAAGAGAUUAAAGAAGUUGGAACAACAAAAAUUGAAGGAACAAAAAGAACAAGAAAAAAAAGAAAAAGCUAAAGUAUCACCUUUAGAAAUGUUCAAAAAUAACGACCUAUAUUCUGCUUGGGAUGAUAAUGGUAUGCCUACAAAGGAUAAGGAUGGCAAUGAUGUCACUAAGAGUAUGACAAAGAAGUUGAAGAAACAAUGGGAUCAACAAAAGAAAUUACAUGAAGAAUUCUUUGGUUCUGCAAACUAA